AUGCCCUAUGUUCUAUGGUGUAUUGCAUUUAAUGCAACAUUCCUUUUGGCUUUUAAAACUAUGGAAGAAACGUUUAUGCAGGGCUCCGAACGUCCCCCUUUUUUGCUUGACAAGAUCAAUCGACAUUCACUCAUGAUAUUCCUCGUGUCUACUAAGACACAGUCCAAUGUACUCACUGGCAUUAUCAAUCUUGCGAUCUAUACAAUGCACGCCACGACUUCCCUCUCUAUGGUCAUUCUUGUCGCUUAUAUGCUACUUGUG